AUGGAUGAUUACGACCGUGCUGCAGCCGUCGUCCAGGACGUGCCGGCGGGCUACGAGUACGUGGAGCCGUGGGGGCUGUUCAAGCUGUACCGGCCGCACCUGGCGCGCGACGCGGCCUUCGCCACCUGCCAGCGCCACGGCGGCAGACUCGCCAUCCCCAGGGACAAGGCGGCGGCCGCCGCGCUGGGCAGCAUCGUGCGACGCGAGCCCGGCAUCGGCGCCGCCUUCGUCGGCAUACACGACAUCAUGACCGAGGGCAUCUUCUACGGCGAUGACGGCAAGUACCGCCCCAGACAAAUAGCGACGUACCAGGAGUGGCGCUACGGGGAGCCGGGCCACGGCAGCGACGACGACACGUGCGUCGUGAUGACGGACGACGGCCGGCUGGACGGGCUCAAGUGCGAGGUGCCGGCGCCCUUCCUCUGCGAGCGGCCGCAGGCCGGCCCCCUGCCCGCCGGCUACCGAUACGUGGACGGCGCCUCGGCCUUCCUCAAGCUGUACACGAAGGACAAGGUGGCCUACAGUUCGGCGCAGAAGGUGUGCGAAGCGGACGGCGGCGCGCUGGCGGUGCCGGACACGUGGCGGCGGGCGGAAGCCAUGAUCAGACUCAUACCCGCAGCGGCGGGACACGUGUACGUCGGGCUCACCGAUCUGCAGUCGGAAGGCAGCUUCAUCACCAACGACAACACCAGGUACCUGUCGGACAUGGAAUUCGACGCGUGGGAGGCGGGCCAGCCGGACAAUGGCGACGGCUACGGCUAUGAGGACUGCCUGGCGCUGCACCCCAACGGCACGCUCUUCGACGUCGCGUGCCACCUGCCGCUCGCCUUCCUCUGCGAGCUGCCGCCGCCGUGA